CUCCGGGUCUUCAUUCACCAUUUUGCGACUGUAGUGUAGAAUGUCCAGGGCAGGAGUUACUGCUCCUUUUAAGUUGCUCUGCCGGAGAAAGAUGAGCGGCCGCUGACGGGCAGCAGCGGACCACCGUGCCCUACUUUACCCGGCGGAGGAGCAUCCUGUGAGGGGGGGAUUCAGAGGGGAAUCUGUAUUAUCUCCGAGUCCUUGACAAGUAAGGUGGGCAAGUGCCAGGGUCGCACAACCAAAGGCAAGACAGAAUGAGAAAGACAGGCCCCGAUAGAGGAGAGAAGUAGACGGAACAAAACCGCAAACGGGAACGCCAAGGAGAUACUCUGGGAUAAAUAAAUAAAAAGAUUUGUUUGGAGAAAAGGCCAGCGAGAUAAAAAAUAAAGAUGAAGCCGAUAAAGAAACAAGGUCGGCGCUCCCCUCAAUCCACCCGGACCAAAGGCGGGAAGCGCCGCGGAGUCAGGGAGACCUCCGAUGGCGGAGAGAAGAGAGAUUCAGAUGAGAACAGAGAUGAAAGCGGAUCCCCUCAAAACCGAACCCUCUCCUCGUCUUUCUCCUCCAGUUCCCACUCAGACUCCUCUCAGGCUGGCCUAGUGACAACGCGAGACGCUUCGGAUGGGGAGGGAAUGUCCGAGACUUCGGUUUUGAUGGAUUCAGGGAAACUGCUGACGUCCUCUGAUGAAAGGUCCGGGAGGUCGGCGCUAAGCGGCAGCAGUAGCCACUGUGACAGUGGCGGCAGCAGCUGCAGCAACAGCAGCACGCCAAGUGCCAACAACAGUCCGAAUCCCGCCUCCAGCCGGAAAACCGCCACUUUCAAGGCGCGUGUUCCCAAGAAGAAGUACACUUCUGAGCACUGCUCAUCAGCUACUGCCAGCAACCAUAGCGACCCUCCAUCCUCUACACCCCCUCCGCCAAGCGGUGGGGUCUUCAACCGGGGGUCAAUGGGUUCAGGAGUUGAAGCCAAUGUCUCUUAUUCUGACAGAAACAGUCAGAGUGGGAAUCUGAUGGACAACUUUCACAGUGGAGCAACUGGCAGGGAGAAUUCCCAAGAAUCCCCAGGACCUCCCACAUUGUCUCUUGUAAUGGAAAGGCCCGGAAGAAAUGAAGAGCGAGUUUCCCCCAGCCCCCUGCCCCGAUGUUCUUCAACAGACACUGCCAGUGAACACUCUGCUGACCUGGAAGUGGUCGGUGACAUGCCGGCCAUCGCACAUUCUAUGUCUCAUUCUGCGCCCAGCCUACCUGACACCCUGUCAGACACCCUGGCUAAAGGACUGAAAAACCAGCGCGUCCUCGCUCGCCAGCUCAGGAGGCACAAAUCUGAGGAAGUAGGGGGUGAAUUGAGAGGCAAAGGGAGGAGUUCAGAAUUUGUGUUCCGGGCUGGAGUGGUGCGUAAGGUCAGUGGCGAAUUCGGUUGUUUGGAGGUGCAACUGAACGGCGAAAAGACGAUGUGCAGUUAUCCUUACCGACAUGAGAGCCCUCCAGGGGCGGUAGAAAUUAUUUUGGAUGCACCUCCACCUGGUGUCCAUACAAUACCCAUUGGCACCCGUGUCUGUGUACCAUUUGGUGAUGAAGUUGGCAACGAGAGCCAGUUGCAGUGGUACAGAGAAGGCGUGGUGACUGAGGUGGACACACACCCUGCUGUGGCCAACCGUUACCGUGUCCUGCUGUCUGAGGGAAGGCCUAAUUCUCUGGAUGUAGAAGAUAGCAGAGGUGCUACCCAUGCCAUAUGGGUCUCCCGGCAAACUCUCCGUCUUCUGGUGCCACCGUGGGAUCUAGAUUUGCCAUCCUGCGGUGGCCACGGAGGAGAAGAGGGCGUCAGAGAAAAGGAUAAACAUGAAGAAAGGGAAGAUAUAGAUGUGGAACAGGAGGUGUGUACCAUCAGCCAAGGAAUGAACCCUGGCAUGGGUUUGAUGUUUGGGAGGGAAAUAUCGUACCCGGGUAUUAUCACUGUCUCCUCGCCAGUUACUCGAGAAUGGGAAAUUGAGAAAGACCGGGAAAGGGAGAGAGAGCGUUUGAGGAAACAGGAGAGAGACAGAGAAAGGGAGAAUAAUGCAAAGCAGCAGCAACACCACCCAUAUAUGCCACUUACCCCAGAAGAAGACAUGGAGGUGUCCCACUUCAACAUGAUCCCACUGGGGGCAAUCAUAUCUGGGACCAAAUCAAGACCAGUUCACCACCAGAUUGUCUCAAAGCCCCCGUCUGGCUACCUCAAUUCCCACCUGCCUGUUGUGCGGGGCAUUGGGAUUCCUCCCACACACCUGGCCCUCAAUCCCCACCCUAAUCCAUCGAAUGUCCUCUUAGGCCUUGACUCAACAAAUGCCGCAGCUGGUGCUGUCAUUACUGCCCCCCAGCUACCUCCUCUGCCUCCGAUCUCCUCCUCUGCAUCCUCUAGAGCAGAGAAGGCUUCUGGAGGAGGAUCAUCCGGUGGCGGAGGAGGACCAGUGUCGGGUUCGAACUCUUCCUCUGCAAACCGUUCCCGCACUCCUCUCACAGCAGCCCAACAAAAGUACAAGAAGGGAGAUGUGGUGUGCACACCAACGGGCAUCCGGAAGAAGUUCAACGGGAAGCAGUGGAGGAGGUUGUGUUCUCGGGAGGGCUGUUCCAAAGAGUCCCAGCGUAGAGGAUACUGCUCCAGACACCUUUCAAUGAGGACCAAGGAGAUGGAGGCCAGCGGAGGCGGCCGGGAGCGCAGUGGAGCCAGCAGCACCGGGACUCUAACGCCGUCUGACCUCCGACUGGGCAGUGGGAGAGCCAGCUCGGAGUUUGACUGGGAUGAGAUAUCAAUGGAAAGCAGUGAAGCCAGCAGCCGUGGAGGAGACUCCCGUCCCCGCUUGGUGCUGCCAUCCCUGCUUCCCCAGGACUUGUCUCGUUUUGACUUUGAUGAGUGCGAGGCAGCAACCAUGCUGGUUUCUCUGGGGGGUUCCCGCUCUGUCACGCCUUCAUUCUCUCCCAUUUCCAAUCAGUCUCCGUUCUCACCAACCCCAUCACCCUCCCCAUCGCCUCUCUUCAGCUUCCGCCCUGCCACUUUUAGUCCAAUCACUGCCCCGCCUUCACUUAAUCCACGCCGCCCUCGGCAGCUCAGUGGCACCAAGAUGGGUACGCCGGGCUCUGAACGAGAGCGCCACCUGUCAGGAAUUGUACCCUCCAUACAGACCAACCUCACCUUUACAGUCCCUAUGAGCCCCAACAAGAGGAGGCCUGAGACCCACCCGCCCCCUCCUCUACAUUUAGUCCAGGACUACCAAAAUAAAUCGGACCAGCAGCAGCUGAUGGGUGCAGGGGUCAGUAUGGCUGGAGACCCAGCUGCUUUCAGAGUCCUCUCCCCACACAGUCAGCCCACAACACCUUCCUCACUUCCCUUUUCACGCCCUCGCAGCGCCACCAGCAGGCCAUCGUCCUCCGCUGCCUCUACGCCUCCACCCAUGCUCGUGUCUCCAACACCUCCUUCCCCAUUGCCCCAGGAACCCUCCCCACGCCGCAUAGUACCCCUUCGCGACUCCCCAGUCAUUGUCCGCAACCCAGACGUCCCCUUGGCAAAGUUCUCAGAUGGUCCAUUGGUAAAAAGAGAAAGAAACCAGCUGAGGGAGAAGAACCAGCCGCAGCACUCCGCUCCCCCAGGCCUGCAGGCCCCGGUCCCCAUCAACGGGGCCACUACCAAUCCGGCGGUCCUCCUGAGGAACCCUGCGUCCACCCUGGUCCUGGUCACCUCCAGUUCUUCGUUGACACCAGUCACAGCAGGUCACGCCGCGCUGUCCGGAUCCGCCGUCUCCGCCCCUUUGGGCUCCGCUCUGUCCUCGUCCGGUUCCGGCGGUCGGGACCGGAAACCCGAAGGCUACCAGGAUGGCUUGGGUGGUGCGCUGCCACAGCCAGUGGCCUGCCACCCCACGCCGACCGCCCUGCUGCCGCUCAUACUGCCAGCUGAGUCGCCGCACCCGGCGCCACGCAAGCAGAUCAUCAUGGGUCGCCCGGGCACAGUUUGGACCAACGUGGAGCCUCGGUCGGUGCCAGUGUUCCCCUGGCAUUCGCUCGUCCCCUUCCUGGACUCCAGCCAAUCAGGAGCGGCCGGCCAGCCUGCUGAUGGCCAGCAGCUUGUUAAUCAGAGCAAAGAGCCUCGCUGCGGUGUGGCCCUGGUGAGCGAAGGGCGGGCGGGCCCCACGGAGCCGGACAGGGGGUCGCCGUCUCGCCCUGCCCCGACCAACGACAAUCCCCCGGCAGACAGGGGCGGGGCGGACAGCGAGACAGAGAGCGACACCGAUGAUCCGUUUUCCCCCGGCGUGGGGAACGACCCGUCUCCCUCCGCCGGACCCAUGAAGAGACGCACGCAGUCGCUCAGCGCCCUGCCCAAAGACGGAGACAGGAAGAGGGAGAAGGACUACAUCCGCCGCCCCAUGAACGCCUUCAUGAUCUUCAGUAAACGCCACCGAGCGCUGGUGCACCAGCGGCACCCCAACCAGGACAACCGGACCGUCAGCAAGAUCCUGGGCGAGUGGUGGUACGCUCUGGGCCCCAACGAGAAGCAGAAGUACCACGACCUGGCCUUUCAGGUGAAAGAGGCUCAUUUCAAGGCCCAUCCCGACUGGAAGUGGUGCAACAAAGACCGCAGGAAGUCUCUGUCCGAGGGCCGGGGCACGCCGAAAGAGCUGCGGGAGAGGAGCAUGUCGGAGAGCAUAGAUGUGCUCUCAGAGUCCCAGGUGCUGGAGGGAAAAGGUGGAGGUCCGGGCUGGCCGGGGGCAUCGGAGCGUCGAGGGGGGGGUUCGGGGGGCCAACACCCCCGUCCCCGAGCCUUUUCCCAAAGUGCCGUUCACACCCUGGAGCAGAGGGAGAGGCAGCGGGAGCUGGAGAAGGAGGACGGAACCGGCUUGUUUCGAAGCCGACCGCCGCCUCAGUCUUUGUACCACAGCAGCGCCAACGAGGAUGUGACCAGCGAUGAGGAGCGCAUGGUCAUCUGCGAGGAGGAAGGAGACGACGACGUGAUGGAGGAUUCGUGCCCUGAAGGCUCCAUUGACCUCAAGUGCAAGGAGAGAGUGACAGACAGCGACGAGGACGAACCGGACGGACAGCAGGACGUCCAGCCGGAGAGUCGCUCCUCUCCCGCCGUGUCCGACUCCUCCGCUAAGGGCGAGGCUGGAGGUCCUGGCGACGGCGAGGACAGGAACAGGAAGCGGGGCGCGGAGCCAGCGGAGCCAGCGGAGCCAGCGGAGCAGGAAGAGGGCGGUACCUGGAAGAAGGAAGUGUCCGGAGGCGGGUCAGGCAUCUCGGUCGGUCCGCUCCAGCACGGCCUGCCCCAGGUUCUGGGCGGGGUCCGGACGCUUCGCCCGGUCGCCAGCGCUCCCAUCGCUAUCGCCAGCAAACCGGUGGACGGCGGCGCCGCCCUCAGCUCGCUCCCGCAGGAGAAGAAGACCAACGUUCUGAUUGGAGGAGCCGGUGCUCAGCUCACAGCGGGAGUCCAAACUCAGGCAUCAGUGUUACCAAGCAAGAUGUUGGUUCCCAUGGCAACAGUGAGGACGGGGUCCACGCCUCCUCAGCCCUCCAUCUCCCUGGUGGCUCCGCCUCUUCCUGUGCAGAACGGCCCCGCGACGGCAAACAAGAUCAUCCAGCUCACUUCCGUGCCCGUGGUGCAGACCAACGUCCAUCCGAGCCCUGGGAGCCCCUUUCCCGUAUCCAUGGCGACGGUGAUGGCUCCCGGAGCCGCCCCGCCUCAGCCCGUUCUCCUGACCUCCCAGCCCACCAGGAUCACCUACGUCCAGUCCAGCCCAGGCGUUACCACGGCGACGCCCCAGCAGGCCGCCCAGCCUCCGGGUCCGGCGUAUCUCUCGUCACACCUGGCCACUCUGGGGUUCGCCGCCAUCGCCCCGGCCGGACAGACCCUGGUUCAGCCUGUGCUGGCCCAGGCUCCGCCCCUCGGCGCUCAGUCGCAGACGCCUCCGGGUCAGACCGCCGCUGGCCGUCAGGUACUAACCGCCAUCUACCCUGCACAAACCGUUGCCCUGGCGACCGGUGUGGUCCCGUUGGCAGCUGCUGUGCCGCCUGCCGUAGCUUCUCCAGCUCAGGACGCGAUAAACCCGGCUUCCCCGUCGACUAAAGCGGUGCAGGGUUCAGCGACGGCGGCGACCUUUCAGCCGGGGACCGGAAUGAAGGUGGAGGUGAAACAGGAGACCCAGCUGGACUCUGAGACUGAAGGGUCAUCGAGCUGCAACCCAAGCUGCUUGAUGGGCAGCUAUGAAAACGGAGGCGCAGCAGUGAAAAAAGAAGAAGACAUCAGCCUGAGCAUCAAGGAAGAAAACAUGCGUGAUGAAACUGAGAGGGAGCGACAAAGUGAGGCAGAUGAAGAGCGAGAUGGAGAGAUGAAGGAGAGCAAGAAGGAAGCCAAAGAAACGGACAGAGACGACCGCAACGCGACAAAUAACAGCAAAGAGGCUGGACCUCGUUCCCCUCCUCCUCCUCCUCCUCCUCCUCCUCCACCCUCAGGUCUGGACCCGCCUCCACCUCCACCAGCAGAAAAAGAGACCUCCUCUUCCUCCUCCUCUUCCUCCUCCUCCAAGAGAACUAAGUUUCGCCCCCCUCCACUCAAAAAGACCCCCGACUCUCACGACAAGGUUUUGUCGGAGACGUCGUUCGAGGAGCGCUUUGCUGAGCUUCCAGAGUUUAACCCAGAGGAAGUUCUUCCCUCGCCCACGCUGCAGAGCCUGGCCACCUCUCCAAGAGCCAUCCUGGGAAGCUACCGCAAGAAGAGACGCAACUCCACCGAUCUCGACGGGGCGGCAGAAGACCCCAGCUCCCCCCGAAGGAAGACCCGCCGUCUCUCCAGCUGCAGCUCGGAGCCCAGCACCCCAAAAAGCGCUGCCAAGUGUGAGGGAGACAUCUUUACGUUCGACAGACCAGCAGGUCCGGAAGGCGACGUCCCACUAGGAGACCCGGACAGGGUUCCGUACUCGUCUCUGCGGAGGACACUGGACCAACGUCGCGCGCUGGUCAUGCAGCUUUUUCAGGAACACGGUUUCUUUCCUUCAGCUCAGGCCACGGCUUCCUUCCAGGCGCGCUACCCGGAAACAUUCCCCACCAAGUUGUGUCUGCAGCUGAAGAUCCGUGAGGUUCGUCAGAAGAUCAUGCAGACAGCGACGCCGGGGACGUUCGAGUCGUCCGAAGCCGGGCCCGCCCUACCCGCCCUGCCCCACGGCCAAUCAGCGCGGGACGAUGGCGGGGCGGAGCAUCAGGGAGACAAAGGCCAAAACUUGGAGGAACCGAAAAACGAAGGAUCGUAAAAAGCAAACAAAACAGAGGAGAUCAGGAAUCAGGAAAAUAAUUUCACUGAAAGAUGAAGAGAGAAGGGUGUGUGGCACUGAUUUCCACUAGACCUGGGCAAAAAUAAGACUCCUCAAGACUAACUUUGAUUGUCUAAUCUUAACGUGUGGGAACCACAGCAAGUGCUUCUUGAAUUUCCUUUCAUCCUGAAUGUUGCCCAGGUCUGCGCUCAGCACAUUGCAGCAGUUUGGGACUCAAACUCUGCGGUACACACUCUCUAUCUCUCUGGUACACACACACACACACACACACACACACACACACACACACACACACACACACACACACACACACA